AUGAAGGUUCCACCAAAUGGAUUCAUGGCAAGUUCUGCAGAAGCAGAAAGGAAGGGCAUCAAUUCAGAGUUAUGGCAUGCUUGUGCUGGACCACUUGUUUCUUUGCCUCCAGUUGGAAGUUUGGUCGUUUACUUUCCUCAAGGUCACAGCGAGCAAGUUGCAGCAUCAAUGCAAAAGGAGACCGAUUUCACUCCAAGCUAUCCUAACCUUCCUUCCAAGUUGAUUUGCUUGCUACAUAAUGUAACAUUGCAUGCUGAUCCAGAAACGGAUGAGGUGUAUGCCCAGAUGACGCUUCAACCUGUGAACAAAUAUGACAAAGAAGCGUUACUGGCAUCUGACAUGGCCCUCAAGCAGAGCAGACAACCCGCUGAGUUCUUUUGCAAGACUCUUACAGCCAGUGACACUAGCACUCAUGGUGGAUUUUCCGUGCCUCGACGAGCAGCUGAGAAGAUCUUCCCUCCUCUGGAUUUCUCGAUGCAACCACCUGCACAGGAGCUAGUAGCUAAAGAUUUACAUGACAAUACAUGGACAUUUAGACAUAUUUAUCGAGGUCAACCAAAGCGGCACCUUCUGACUACUGGUUGGAGUGUCUUUGUUAGCACGAAAAAACUUUUUGCCGGUGAUUCCGUUCUUUUCAUAAGAGAUGAGAAGUCUCAACUUCUCUUGGGUACAAGGCCUGCAAAUAGACAACAGCCAGGUCUCUCGUCGUCUGUAAUUUCUAGUGAUAGCAUGCAUAUUGGGAUCCUUGCUGCUGCGGCUCACGCUGCGGCAAAUAAUAGCCCGUUUACUAUAUUCUACAAUCCAAGGGCAAGCCCUUCUGAGUUUGUGGUACCCUUAGCGAAGUAUAACAAAGCUAUGUAUACCCAAGUUUCCCUUGGCAUGAGGUUUAGAAUGAUGUUUGAAACAGAGGAGUCCGGGGUGCGCAGGUACAUGGGCACUAUAACUGGUAUCAGUGACUUGGAUCCCGUGAGAUGGAAAAACUCACAGUGGCGUAAUCUUCAGGUUGGGUGGGAUGAAUCUACAGCUGGUGAGCGGCCCAGCCGAGUUUCAAUUUGGGACAUUGAGCCUGUCAUAACUCCUUUCUACAUUUGUCCACCUCCGUUUUUCAGGCCCCGGUUCCCCAAGCAACCCGGGGUGACUGAUGACGAGUCUGAUAUUGAGAACGCCUUCAAGAGAGCUAUGCCCUGGCUUGGAGAUGAAUUUGGCAUGAAAGAUGCCCCUAGUUCCAUCUUCCCCGGUUUGAGUUUAGUUCAGUGGAUGAGCAUGCAACAGAAUAAUCAGUUCCCAGCUGCUCAAUCGGCAUUGUUUCCAUCGAUGGUUUCUUCAAAUCCGCUCCAUAGUAGCCUUACCGAUGAUCCUGCCAAAUUAUUGAAUUUCCAAUCUCCUGGGUUACCUGCGUCGAAUAUGCAAUUUAACAAAGCAAAUACGAACCAAGUCAACCUGUUGCCUCAGACACCUAUGACAUGGGCCCAACAGCAGCAACUUCAACAGUUAUUGCAGACUCCUUUAAAUCAACAGCAGCAGCAAACGCUGCAGCAAUUGCAGCGAUAUCAACAACAACAACAGCAGCAGGAGUUUCAGCCUCAGCCACAUCUUCUAAACCAACAGCAGCCUCAGCCUCCGUCUCAGACUCAAACUCAGCCGCAGCAGCAGCCACAGCCACUGCAGCAACAAAAAAGACAGCACACGCUACCACCGCAGCAGCUGCAACAGCAGGCAUUCCUUCCGUCUCAAGUAAGUAAUGGAAUCGUUGCCUCUACCCAGAUCCCAAAUCAAAAUUUGCAUCAGCCGGCUGUUUACUCGCAGCUUCAGCAGCAACAAUUGCUGACAAGCAAUAGCCAGUCUGCUCAAACCAUCCUCUCUGCCAAUAAAACUUCAUAUCCUUUGACGUCAUUACCACAAGAUACACAGAUUCAGCAACAGAUGGAACAGCAAGCUAACCUCAUACAGAGACAACAACAACAACAGUUGCAGCAGGCGCCACUACAAUUGUUGCAACAGAACUUGUCUCAGAGUACACAGCAGCAGCCACAGAUGAUGCAGUUGCCUCAGCAGGGCUUCUCGGAGCAACAGCUUCAAUUACAGCUGUUACAGAAAUUGCAGCAACAGAAACAGCAGCAGUCGUCUCAACAGUUACUCUCCCCUGCUGGAUCACUGUUGCAGCAACAGCCGACCCAUCAACAAAACCAACCGUUGCAGCAAUUGCCUCUUUUACAGAACCAAUCACAACCUCUCGGAAGCAAUGGCUUCUCAGCAUCAAUGCUUGUCCAGCCUCAACAACUUUCGGUGAACCAACCUCAAGUUCAUAACAAGCCUCUUACUGCUAUGAGAACCCAUUCUGGUCUUACUGAUGGAGAUGCGCCUUCAUGUUUGACCUCUCCUUCUACCAACAAUUGUCAGGUUUCCCCAUUGAACUUCCUAAACAAAAACCAGCAAGUACCGUCCAUGUUGGUGACGGAUCCACCUGCUGAUCCUGCAAGUACCCUCGUUCAAGAGCUACAGAGCAAGCCUGAUAUAAGAAUCAAACAUGAGCUACCCACCUCUAGAGGACCAGAAUUGUCGAAGUACAAAAGUACCGUGACGGAUCAAUUAGAAGCAUCCGCUUGCGGAACAUCAUACUGCCUGGAGGAAGGAAGAACCCAUCAUAAUUUCACCCUUCCUACCUUUCUGGAAGGUGACGUUCAAUCACAUCAUCGGAACAAUCUUCCAUUUACAGCUAAUAUUGAUGGAUUGGCACCUGACACUUUGUUAUCGAGGGGAUGACUCUCAAAAGGAUCUUCAAAAUCUGCUUUCCAGCUAUGGUGGCAACCCAAGAGAUAUUGAUGCAGAGUUUUCUACUCCUGCAAUAAGCUCCCAGUCGUUU